AUGACCUUGGAAAGCGAGAGAUGGAUUGAUAGAAUGCAGCAGCAUUUAAAAGUUUGUCUGGAUUGGGAACAGGAACUCCUCGAGGGCAGAAUGCUUCAUGAGUUGCCAGUCAAGGAGACCGCCCUCGCUCUCAGUCACCUCUACUCUCCUAAAUUCCUCAACACCAUGGGCAAACGACGCAAUCACAAACCCGACCUGAGUUCCACCCCUGUCGGCGACACCUCGUCAUCAAUCGUUGAAGGUAGAUUCGUCCUCAUAGCGUUGGCCCCAGACAUCCGUGAGGAGCUCCUUAAGAGAAUCAGAGGCGACUCCCAACCUGGAGUCAUGCUGGAUUCCUUGGAGCCUCUUUUCGGCUCAGGCCUCCACCCCGCUCCCGGGGAAUCGUUCGAAGAAUAUUUUAAACUCUCACGCCUUGCUCGCCAGGCGUAUCCCCCGGACGGAGCGAAUGCACCUCUACUACCCCGCCUUGUAACGGGGAUUCGAGACCCUAGCCUGUGCCAACAAUUUGGCGGCAAAGUCCCUGGGUCCUUGGAUGAAGUUUGGGAUAUCGUCGAGCGGACCCAGUCGUCCCAAUCCCACAAUUCCCCUCAUACCCACCCCUAUCCUACCCAAUCCCCACACACCACACACAAUUACCCUCGCCAUUCCUCAUCAGCUUCCCCACUGUACCCCAACCCAAGCCCAACCCCCUCCACUCCGACAACUUUUGGCAACCCGCGACUUCCCCUUCACCCACAAAGACCCACACUCGUUUACGACCCCGACCCCUCCAAGUGUGGUUACUGCAGACUCUUUGGCAAAGCGGCCAUACGCUGCGGACACAACCCAGCAAGUGAGCUACCUUUCCCCUCCAGUUCUGUUCUUUUUACUGAUUCUCACGCGCUGGCGGUCCAAGGUUACAUAGAGUCACAUAAGUCCACCAUCCUCAUCGACACGGGGGCAGCAGUAUCCAUAGUCAACCCUAAGUUCCCCGCCGUCACAAAUCUUCCAUGCCUGACCCCCUCCACUCCUGUGGUCCUCGCGGCGAAUAACCACUCUGGACAUCACUGGUUCUCUUAUGGCCCGGGUGAAGGUCGGUUCGAUCAAGGCACCACAUCUUUUUCUAAUCUCCCCGGAUUGUCGGUGGAAUCUUAUACUCGGGUAUGA